AUUUCGAAGCUCGUGUUGGGUUUUGUGGGUUUGCCACCAACGCGCGUUGCUCGGUGAAGAAGCUUCGACGUAUGUCUAUGGAGUCGUUCCUGGUCCUCACGACAUACGUAAACCGAUGGGAUUGGAGGAGCAGAAUUGCAUAAACCGAUGGGAUAGUAUCUUACUCGAGUUGGGUGUUGUUGUUGUUGUUCUGAUUACAGAUCGGAGUCGUGCGGUGAAGGUUCUGGACAGGUGACCAGCUAUGGCGGCGUGCUUGUUCCCUUUGUCGCAAGCUCUUCGCUCGUACCAUGGGGAGGAGGCGUGUACGAGUUUUGUGGACUACGCCCAGCUGGAUGCCUUCACGUCGGAAGCUUUCAGAGGGAACCCGGCUGCUGUAUGCCUGCUGCCGAUCGCAAGAAGUGUGGAGUGGAUGCAAAUCGUUGCUGCGGAGUUCAGUGCUCCCAUGACGGCUUUCCUGGUUAAACGGUCGAAAACGAAGGAUACAGCGGGCAAUGGGCAAGUUGUGAUGGAUGUCAACUCCUUUGUUGGCGAAAUGAGCAAUCCGCACACGAAUUCAGAAGAGAAGGCAAGCGAAUUUGACGUGCGGUUUUUCACCCCCACGGCAGAGGUUGACCUCUGCGGCCACGCGACCCUCGCAUCCGCCUACCUAAUGUUCAAAUCAGGAUUAGCUCCAGGUCCCCACGUCUUCUUUCACACACUCAAAGCCACGCUGAAGGUGAACAUGGUCAUGGGCAGCGAUGGCAACAACGAGUGGCAGGAUCAGGUUGAGCUUUGCUUACCAUUCAUGGACGCCACACCAAUUUCAAUUGACAUGGACUCCAUCUUUCCUCAGACACUGCAAAGAUGCCAGGUCAUGUCCUCUCACAAGUCAGCUUGGGACAGAGUAAUCCUAGAGCUUCCAAGUGCGACAGAAGUAGAGACACUGAAGCCAUGUUUUGAAGAAAUAAACGCAUGCAGAUUUCGAGGAGGGUUGAUUGUCACAGGAAAAGGCUCUUCUGGGUCCCCUUUCGACUUCGUCUCCCGCUACUUUGCCCCCCAAUUCGGCAUCCCCGAGGAUCCUGUCUGUGGAACCGCACAUUGCUCACUUGCACCCUUGUGGGCUGCCAAGCUUGGGAAGCAGAAGUUGUUGGCCUAUCAAGCAUCACAGCGAGGCGGUGUGUUGGAAUUGUCUGUGGAUAAUGAUGCUAAAUGCGUUUUGUUGCGAGGAGCUGCGGUGAUUGUCACGGCUGGUGUGCUUCUGAGUUAAGCUGUAACAUCAUUCUCAUUGCAGAAUUAUAAGAAUUCGAAGGAAGAUAAGUACGGAGACUCAUCAUGCAAAUCUGUGGAUAAGUGAAGCAUUUCGAAGGUGGCACUUGGACUGGUAGAGAGCCAGAUCAUUCUGGGUGGAUGCUUUUGGACGUUGAAGGAGAGUGCAGUAGGAAGAUGCUUUGCUGUGACUAGAUCGGUGUACAUGUGGUGGUUCUCAUGUGUGGUCUCUCAUCAACUUGAGGGGUCUGUGUCCUUGAAACUUGUGCCCGAGAUUGGUAACAUCAAUUGCUUCAGUGGAGAAAAAAACAUUGUUGAUGUUGAGAUCAUUAAAUGUAAGCUGCGCUCUUUUCCAUAAUAUUUACUGUAGACUACAGUAAAUAUCAUAGCUACAA